AUGGAGAAACGCACUCCUCCAGCCGACGUUGGAUCACCUGAUGCGGCAAACGAUGAGGCCCCUUCUCAGACACUAACGCCGCCGAUUCCGACGGAGCCUUUGAAAGGUAUACCUCGAUACCCAGGCCUGCCUAAACUGGACUAUAAGCUUUAUUCGCCUCCCUUAUUUAAGCUUUCAAGUGACUCGAUCACCUUGUCCUCAAAGGCGGAAUAUUUGUCUUCAAACGCUGCGGCACUUGUGUCAUUGAUUCGUGCACAAUCAACGGUACCCCCCAAGCCUCAGAUUCAUGUUCGGGGCAGUCGUGGUCGCCGGAUUGAUUUUGACAUUAAGCUCAACCUCAUGACCCUGUUAGUACCUGAUGACGAGAGGCUGCGCAUGGACUAUAUUCGCUGCGUUGGGCAAGGCGAAUUGGCACAUCGUGGAGGAGUUCGACCGGAUGUGCUUCCAGAAGUUGGUGAAGGUGAGCUGGAAGAAUGGUGUCGACGAUUUGUCCAGGACACAGCUACAGUGAAAACAUUUUCUCUGGAUCGUGUUAUUGCAAAUCUUGAUGUGGGCUGGAUAGAAGGUCAGCUACGGAGUCUCAUUGCAACUCUCAAAUAUCGAGGUGCCGUUGACGUGACUUUCCUCGUCACUCACAGCCGCGUGUUGGUACAAAAUCCCGACAGGGUGAACCAGUUCUUCACCAACGUCACAAGUCUGUUUUCAGGUAAGAAUAAAUAUGAGGUGAUCAAGUCAGUGUGGCCAUUUGCGACGACGAAGAAUGGUGAACCUGGGCGAAGGUGCAUCGUUCAGAGCGAGGAAGUGUGGUGGAAAGAAUGGAAAGACCCUAUUCGAUAUGCCAUCUCACAAAAGCGGCAGGGCUGGGUCACGGUUGAAGACAAGCUAGAAGCAGUCAUGGAAGGCAAAGGCAACCAGACCGAGUCUGUUGAUUGGGGUCCUGAUCAGUACGGGACAUCUUGA